UGCAAUGUUAUCGUGAUUCAGAAAGUUUUCGGUUCAAAUGAAAUUCAUGCAUUUCCGGGAAAACCCCAUAUUAUUUUCUCUACUCGCUCUAAUUUUCACCCCUGCCCCCAUGACAACGGAGCCCGAUCAACAAUUUGACAAAAUUUCGUUCCUCGGAAAGUUAGACCGGUGUUCUCCCUUAGCAUUUUGUGGCUGAACGAUUAAGUUUUGUGGUGCAGAAUUCAGGAAACUGGGAUUCUCAUUUCGAGUCCUCGUUAUCGGGUCGUAGGUCGUGGCACGAUUCUCCACAUCGCGUCUCUUUCUCUUCUCAUCCCUCUUUCCCCGCCUUGCACUUAUUUCGUGAGCAUACAUGCACAUUGAAACACACAUACUUCGCCGUCGGGCUUUUACGCGUGCGUAAACAUAGUUCCUUUUUCUAGAAGAUUAGGAAGACGAAAAGUCUCUACCCCCAAGUGCACAAAUUCCCUAAAUCGAAACAUGGAAAACCAUUAAAGUGCCCAACAAGUUUCAUCAACGAGUGAAUUGGAUUUUUCUACAAUAAUAUUGAGUAUUAUUUGUGCUGUUUCGAUGAAGAAAAUGCUGUAAAAGACUGUUGACAUUUCCUCUCUAGGGAAUUUCGAAUCUAGUUAAUCCUCCUUCCUUUUCGCGCUUGGGAGUUUGAAAGUCGCGCAUGGCGGGAAUUUCAAAUAUAAAAAUAUUGGAACGUACGAGCACGUGACUUUGAAAGAGCAAAAUACAAUUUACGAUCAACCGUUUGCAAUUUAUUGACUAUUAUUGUUUUGAUUACGGAUUUGCUUAAGAAUUAGAAGUCCACGAGUAGCGGCUUUUUUGAAAAUACUUAUGGUUGAAAAGCGCUUCGAGAUGAGGCGGGAAUUUGGAAUAUUAGAACACAUCGUGUUUGGGGCUGAAAGAACUGCGAUGCACGCAAUUAUCAAACUUGCAUUGAAUUAUGGUGAUUAUGAAAAAAAAAAAAAAAGAAAAAAAUACUCUACGGGCUCUAGCACGUGUGUGCAGAUGUGGCGAGAGAGAGAAUAGCAGUGUUAUUUAGUGUAUGCGUGUUUGUUUCGUUGGUAGUGGUGUAGGAGUAGUAGGUCGUAGGUUGGCCCGAAGGUUCGAGGAGAGAGAGACGCGCGAGUCUCUCCCCCUCCCACGAUUGUCUUUGGCUGUCUGUUACAUUGGUUUGCUAUCUCUGUCGCACUUUCGGUUGCGACUUUGGCUGGCUGAGGGUUCGUAUGGUAGUUUUGCGGCUCUUGCGGUACCCGAUGUCCCGAUGUUGCUCCGUGGUCCUCGUCGACGCGAACGCGAAAUAAGUUUGCGACAGGUUGAGCCACACGGAGGAGCAACGUCGUCGACGUAGCGCGAGAGGAACCACGAGAUUCCAAAAAAAAAAAAAAAAAAAUUAUUCAAAAAGGCACAAGAAAAGAGAGCUCGAAGGGGCAAAAUAUAAAUCAGUGCUCGUUGAUUGAAGAAAGGCGUUAGUGUGGUACAAUCGCAGUGGCCCCAUGGAAGGCACAUCGGAAGAGGCUCUGGUCAAGGACCCCGUCGCGGAUGAUACUUUAGUCAGAGACAUUAUUGCGAACGGAGUGAACGGACUUUUGGAGAAUCACACCGAAGACAUGGGGGAAUCGAGCGGAGGGAGCGAAAGAGGAGACGAGGAUAAUAAGAAGGACGAAGAGGAGGAAGACGGAGAGGAAGAAGAGCGGAGAGAAGACAAUGCGAACCUGGAGGCUGAAGAGAUCGACUCGCAGCACAAAGAAUCCUCGAAUGCUGCUCCCGAAGAGCCAGUUUCCGAUGGCGAGAGAGAAGAGGAGGAAGAAGUUGAUGCAUCGCGAGAGUCCAAGGUUUCUGAGUGUUCGGAGGGUGCUGAUGAAAAAAUGGGCAGCGAAGCUUCUCCCAAAAGUCAUAGAAAUGAGGAGGAAGAGGAGGAGGAGGAGGAGGAGGAAAUGGUGCAGGAUGAACACGAGCCAGAGGCUCUGAACGAGGCACAGGACGGUUACAAGAGCAACGACGCGAUGGAGGUCGACGCACACUCGGACAAUUCAGACGUUGAGUGUCUGGACGAGAACGAGACCGAAAUGCAAGAGGCUGUAACGGAUCGUAACGAAAUAAAGAACGUUUCGAUAAGCAGCGCUGGUAGCGACGUCCAGCCGAUCUACGACAGCACGGAAAACCUGGAUGAUAAUAAAAUGGAAACUUCGGGUGAAGGAAAAAUGUGUGAAGAGAACGGGAGCAGUCUAGGCAGUCCGGAGGUCGAAAUAAUGGACAAUUUAAAGAGCAACGGCCACAACUCUUCCUCGGAAACUCAACGUAGCAGUAAAGACACACCGAAGACUAAAAAACCCCGGAAACAAAUCGACCUGAGCGGUAUUACGCCAAGAAGAAGUUCCCGGAAUAUAAAACGCACGAGUUACAUCGAAAAAGAACCGGAAGAGGUCGAAGAUGGCUCGUCCGAUAUCGAAGAAAUAAAACCGGAAGAUCCACUCGCUUGCAUCGUCGAUUCGAGCAAAGAUAAAGAAAAUUCGAAACUCAAAUCACCUAUCAGAAGCAGCAAAACUACCAUUGUUGUCAGCGACACCAAAAGAUUGGUAGAAAUCGCCGCCGGCAGUAAAUCCUCCAAAGGAGGCAAGAAAGAACCGACUCUAGUUAUAAUAGAUACCAAUUCUAUACUGUCCGGCAGAGGCGGUGUUCCCGUAAGCAGUAGCGGCUCCAUGAGCGCUUACGCCAAAUCCUCAUCGUCGUCGUCCUCCUCCUCCUCCUCAUCCUCCCAUCCUCAUCAUCAUCAGCAUCAUCAUCAUCAUCAUCAUCAUCAACAACAACAACAGCAACAUCAUCAGCUUCAUUCACACGCAGUGACAAGUUCAAGCGCUUUUUCCGUAAUGCCCGUCGGCCACACUCAAACUAUUUAUCCAAAUAUGAGAACUACCAUCACUCCUGUACCAAUGUCAUCCUCAAGGUCAUCGUCCCAUCAAUCAUCCUCUCCCAAAGUCAAUAUCCCGCUGCCACAAUCGUCAUUGCCACAACAGAUACUUCCGACUCUAACCGAUGAUAUGUUUGUCGUGGAGGCGCCCUCCUUCAUCGUUCCCUACGUGUAUGAGAAACCCCCGGUAAAACCGCUCAAAGAUUUCGUCGGUAAACUCGGCAAGAGUAUCGCCGACUUCGAGAAAGAGGAACAGGAGGAGCGCAAGAGAAAGAAAAAACUGCGAGAAGAAGCGAAGAAAAAAGGCGAAUUGGAAGAGAAUGAUGGAGAACUCGGUAAAAGCGAGGACGACGACGAAAGCGAGGACGAAUCUAGCAACAAAAAUAAAGACGAUACCGCCGACGCUGACAUAGUCGACCUCACCGAAAAACCCAACGACGACAAAAACCCCGAGGACAAAACAAAAUCGCCGACUUACUUUGAUUUACCUCUCGGCAAAUUUUUCAUGCAAAUCGGUGUUAAUCUCGUGCAGGAAUUCGUACAAACCGAUUUGCUGAGAACUCAAAAACGCAAACAGGGUAAACAUGGUACAGCCUCCGCCGAAACACAAAUAGCCAUUAAUUCGCUGAUUAAGAAUCUAGAAUUUAGCAAAGAGAAUAACGAACCAUUCCACUUGGAUAUGAAAAAAUGUGAAUUUUGUAGUUUUAAAACGGAAUCGGCACUCGUAAUGCAGCAUCAUCUCGAAACACCACACAUGCGUAACUACGCCUACAAAUGUAAUUUUUGUCCUCUCGAAGUACGAAGCCCUCACGACAUACUCUUCCACAUGGAAGCCGAGCACAAUACCCGGGGAAGAUUGGAACGCGGACCUGCUUUCCAUCAAUGUCCUAAUUGUCCUUUCGAGGACAAUCAAAAGGGCAAAUUGACCCGACACAUUUUAGCUUGCGCCAAGAAAUUCAGGCCCGAACGCAACCUCGAACCUGCCACCGAUUGGGAACCACCCGCCAAAAUUCCUAGACUUCAUCGACCUCGACAAGUCGCUCCCGUCAAUGCUAACGCCCUUGCAAUCGCUAUGAACGCCAAAGGCACACAACCGCUAUUACCAAAAUUACUUCCGGCACCUCUCGUGGGACGGGGCAGAGGACGACCUCCCAUGCAACCCAGAUACAGCGACAUGAAAUCGUUACGACCCGGCUCUGACAACGUCGCGAGUAUGAUUUAUCGUCCAACGUCAUCGGGACUUCUCGUUCCAACAUCGUACCAAUUUGGCACUAACCAAAUAUUCCAGGUGGUGGGUAGUUCUGGGACUGUCACGUCAGGAGUGACGGCGGUGAGUAGUGGUAGCUCCGGCAGUUCUGGUCGACCCACACCCAUCGCCCUUGUAUCCAACACAAACGACUCCCAAUCUAGAUUCUCCUCUUCAUCGUCACAGAAUACCUCGAGUCAGAAAAAUCCAGCGGCGAAAUUACUGAGUCAACCGAGUAUAUCGAUAACUCCUUUGCCGAGAACCCCGUCUCAAACACCGAUUUCCGGUUCUGGCUCGUCGACGAAACCAGGCGGAAAAAAUACUUUUGUUAUUUGUGAAAUUUGCGACGGUUACAUAAAGGAUCUCGAACAAUUACGAAAUCACAUGCAAUGGAUACACAAAGUAAAAAUACAUCCAAAGAUGAUUUACAACAGACCUCCAUUGAACUGCCAGAAGUGUCAAUUUCGAUUUUUCACUGAUCAGGGCUUAGAGAGACAUUUACUGGGAUCUCAUGGACUCGUUACGUCGAGUAUGCAGGAAGCUGCAAACAAGGGAAAAGACGCAGGGCGUUGUCCGGCUUGUGGCAGGGUUUAUCAGUGGAAGUUACUGAAUCACGUAGCGCGGGAUCACGGGAUGACGCUGAAGCCGGCGCAUUUAUCGUACAAGUGUACAGUAUGUACAGCGACGUUCGGUAUGUACAAGCAGUUUGAGAAUCACGUGUACUCGGCGCACAGUGUAGUGGCGAAGAAAGUAAUGGACAAGAAAAACACGCCGUCGUCGCCGUCAUCGAGAUCGAACGAUUCAUUGUUGAAGCCUUUGAAGAUAAACGACGAGAUAACGAUUAUUCCACAGCCGGCAAAGUCGUCGAACAGAAGUUCUCAAGGUAGAGGAAAAUAGCAAACAUCUGCGGAGUGAUCACUCGUGUAUCUCAUUUUUAAUAAAUCACAAUUUAAUUAUAACGAACGAAUAAACAGAGACAACAAAAAAAAACAAAUAAUAACACAAAUGGAAAAGGAAAAUAGAAAACGAUAAACGAAAACGAAAGAAAUGAUUAUAUAUGACGUUUCGCCCUUUGAAAUAGAAACGUGGAAAUGAGGAAGAAAUUGAAUAUAAAGAAGCAAAAAAAAAACAAAACCAACUAAAACGUGUUUUUUCGAAGUACAACCGCGUCGAUCCUUUUUAAUGCGCGGUUGUGUUGAACUGCGCGCCUCGGAAAUCGCGUACCGUGCCGUGUACAUGUGUAUGCAUAUUAUCCUUAAGAAAAAUAAUGAAACACAAAGACACGUACACACACACACAUACAGAAACAAAAAGUGAGAGAAAGAGAGAGAGUGAGACAGAGAGAAUUCUUGAGAUUCUUGAAAGGGGGAUGCGAAAUCGACAAACCAAGAAUAAUUCACGAGAAAUAAAGUCUGUGGGUCGAAAAUUUGAGCAUACAAAAAAAUCGGAUCAUUGUACUCAUUUUAUGAAAGAAGAGAAAGCAUAACAUUAGAAAUAAAAUUAAAAAAAAACAUAACAAGUAAACGGAGAAAAAACUGAGAAAAGGAAAGAAAACGAAACGACACGUAAAAAACACAUUCGACAUGAACAUACCCAACUAACACAUACACGCGUACACACAUUCAUACACACAAGCACACACUAGUUGACUGCGUAAUAAUAUUCCAUCAAUGAUUAUACCGAUAUAUUUAUUUAAGAAUUUUUAUUGUUGUUAUCGGACAUACAUAAAAUAGAUUGUAAAAACAAACAAACAAAAAAAGAAAAAAAGAACAUUAAAGGGUGGCCUUCAGUAUGAUUCCUUGGUUGAUCCUGAACACGCGUAUUAAAUCCUCAUCCGUUAGAAGAAAAGAAAAACGAAGUAAGCAACAAAUACAAACAGGACUAAAAAUGUACGUUUAUCGCGGAUCCUUGAUCGGGCCGGUGUAGAGAAACAAGCAAAAAUCAUUUUCUUACUUUUCUUUCUUUCUUUCUUUCUUUCUCUUUCGUUAUUUCGUUCGCUAGAUUAUUUUGACGGUUCGUCGAAUUAUAAGAGAGCAAAUUUAUUUAUGGGGAACGAUUUCGCUCAUUGAGGCAUACCGUGUAAAAAACGUCGAUAUGGGAAAGAAUUCAACACACGCGUUGAUUCAAUAAUGGUGAAAGUAACGGUGAAUUUUCGUUAAUUCAGACGACGCCGUUCGCCCUAGUGUCGUGAAUAUAUAUAAAUAUAUAUAGACAAAUAUAUAUAUAUAUAUAUAUAUAAAUAUAAUAUACACGAGACUUGAAUAAAAUGCACGAUUAAAUGCGAAAGUGGCCCCAAAAUUUCGAAAAAAAUUUCUCGGACGACGAAAAAGCGAUGAAUUUUACAGUUUGUCAUUUUUUUCUCCUCCCCCUCCCCCAUUUGUGCAACGAUCAUAUUUUUCUAACGCUCAUUAAAUUAAAGAAAAAGAAAAAGAAAAACGAAGGGAAAUCACUCCGAGACGAUUGAUCUCUCGCGGUGCGCGCGUAAAAAAAAAAUUAAAAAAGAAAAAUAAGAAGGAAAAAAAUUAAUAAAGUACGUGAUGACGACUGACCCUCCAUGCGGAUUAAUUUAUGAGAAAGCGAAAAGAAUAAUCGUAGGGUCGAACGGAAACUGUAAAUUGUAUCUAUUACCAUAAGUUGGACUUGUCAGCCCCCCCCCCCCCUCCCUACCUUUUCCCCGCCCGUGUUCCUCUUUCCUGCGUCCCUCCACAAAUUGUAAUAAAAACAAACACGAGAAAAAAAAAACGAAUCACAAAAAUAUCCAUUUUUAUUUUUGCGCUCUAUUAAGAAAGAACAAAAAUGUACAUUAACAUAGGGUAUAAUAUAAACGAAUAUAUCAAUAAAAUAAAAAUAAAAUGAAAUAAAGAAAAAAAAACAAAAAACAAAAAAAAAACAAAUGAUAGAAUGGCACAUUGAUUCGCGAGUGUUGUAUAAGUUUUUAUUUUUCUUUCAUUCUUAUUCUUUCUCUCCUCUUUGAAACGGAAGAUAAUAUGAAUGUUUGAGCAAAAAAGACGGAAAUUUUGUUUUUUUCUUGAUAUAUUUUCGAGAUGACAUUUCGUUAGAUGCGUUUGUAUAGUUAGUGGAAAAAUAAGGUAUGAAGAAUCGAGUCCAAGGGGUGCAAACGCCUUUUCGCGCUCGAUCGCUGUAGUUUUUCAUCAUCGAUCAUUUAUUUUUUACAUUUCCUUUCUACAGUGGGAAAAUAAGUAUGACUUUUCGAAUAUUAAUACGUGUACAAGAAAUGAUAAACGAAGCCGCUUCAACGCGGCGAUAAGGGAGAUGCGUUUUUACUCCUUCACCGCUGUAUCGUACUGAUUUUCGUCCAGUUACGUAUAUACACGUAUUUAAGGAGAAAAUCAGUUUCGAGGCAUGGAAAAUAAAUAAAAGAACAAACGAGGUGGAUAAAUCCGAGAGCAUUCAUAGACAUAAAAUUACAGGAGUAUAUUAGUUUACUGUAAUAAUUUGUACAAUAUUAUAAUGAUACACAAAAAGAAGGAGAAGAAGAAGAAGAAGAAAAAAAAAAUAGUUAUUGCGUAAAUAAAGUGUACCAACAUUGUA